CUCAACACCAAAAUCACAUAUACUCUUUAUUCAGUUUCCACAAUUAGUAGCCAUGAAGUUCACCACUGCUAUUGUCUCCGCCCUCGCAGCUGUAGCUGCAGCGAACCCAAUGCCAGAUGAGCAGGGCCAUCUUGAAGCCCGGCAGGGUGGAAGCAUCAUUUGCGCUGCGUUUACGACUAUUAUCCCUUCGUUUUGCCCUACCCUUGGGGGCACUUACUCAUGGUGCUCAGCUUAUUUCCAGAUGGGGCAAUGCUUCUGCAACAAUAAUGACGCUGCCAAUAAGCGACAGGCCUUCAUGGCCUGCUCUCAACAAUUUUUGAAUACUAUCCCUGCUUCAUAAGCUGACGCAGGCCCCCAAGAUGCUACAAUUGGCUAGGAGUGCCGGCAACUAUCCCUCGCCUUUUCCCAAGAUGAGCCAUGCUGGACAAUGUUUUUGCGGGUGGAGUGAGCGCCCGGUCGUUGUAUGGAGUUCUCCCUUGGGAGUUUAAGCUCGGCCGACCGGAAGCGGGCCUACUGUCACUAUCACUUACCAGAUUCGCUUGAAUACUAUUUAUUUCUCAAG